AUGUUUACUUCUACAUCUGGCCACUUUCUUUCACCUCUUUCUGAAAAAAUUCCAAUUGAGAUACGAGAAGUCAUUAUUAAGAACGUACAUGAUCCGAAAGAAUAUUCUAACAACCAUACGAUCUAUAUUAAGAACAAAGAAGGCAUUUCUGAAGCUUAUAAGAUCAUUACAAAAUAUCUUGGCUUCGGAAUCAUCCAAUGCCUUGUUAUUCACAAGAUUACACUCUCAAAUGACUUCGAGGGCGAGUCUGUAGCCGCCGGAUCCGUUUAUUCAUGUUCAAUUUCUGAUGAAAGGAUUCCGACUCAAGCAAAGCUCAAAUUCAACUACAACAUGGAGCCAAGUAUCUCUUUCGAUGUUGUCGCCGAUCGAAUUCCCUGCAAAAUCACGAUAAAACCCGGUGAUGAUACAAAUUUAAGUUUGGGAAGACAGUCAUUGGAAAUUGAGAAGAUUAUUUCAAUACAGGAAUCGAUAAUGAGACAAGGACUCAAAAAUAAACCGAGUUUGUCACUUUUUUAUCGAUUAUUAAAUGAAAUCCAUACGAGAGGAGGGUUUACAGCUGUUGCCAUAUAUAUGAUUGAUGAUAACGAGAUCUCCACAGUGUAUUCUUACAUAGAGAACCCGAAGUUUAAUGAAAUUUUCCUUCAAGACGUUAAAAAAAUUUCAAAAAAUAAUUUUAAAAAGAGUGAUUUCGUUGAUGGAACGUUUAUUCGAUACAGCAUGUUUAACCAACGUGUUGGAAUACACUCAAUCGACGUCGAGAAAACGAAAUAUGUCUGUUUCUUGGCCGCGCCAGCUGAUUCUCACAUUAUUCGAGGUAUAGAGUUAAAUUUACACGCCGUUGUAACGAUGCUUAUUGUUUAUAAUCAUACGAAGAUUUGCAGGAAGGAAUUAUCAGCUGAUUUGCAACAUUUCAUUUAUAUUAUGAAAUCUGCAGGGAACAUCGCGUAUUUCGAGGAUAUCGAUGGCAAAAUAUUAUCUAAGACAGGAACAAUGUUCAACAAAGAGUUUGAAACAAAGAUAUUUGAUGAAAUGCAAAAAAAGUUAGAAUUAUGCGUUGAUAUCGCUAUGAAUGAGACUUUAUGUAUUAUAAUGCCAAUAUGGAAUACUCCUAGUGAUAGAAAAAUCAUUUCUAUCCUUAGAAGAUUAUCUCAUGAUAAUUUAUUGAACAAAGAUGUGUUUACUACUGUUAUUCAGGACAUAACGGAUAUCUACUCCAAGUCUGUCUUUGAUAAUAUGCCUAUUCUCGAGUCAGUUCUCGGUGGAGUGAUGAUGCACUUCUCUAGAGUACUCGGAGAUGACUUUUCCAUCGAGAAUCGGACUACUGUUAAAUCGUUCUUGCAUGAAUUACCUCCAGAAAACUUCUCUUCCUUUACAUAUUCCUUAGAAAAUAAAAUAUUACAAGAGUUUAAGAAGGAACGGAACCCAAUGUUCCGGAUUUUCCGCAAGAACUUCAUCCCUCUUACAUGUUCUUCAGUUCCGAUUGGAGAAAAAGGAGAUUUCUUUUUUUAUCCACAGCCAGGCCUCGAAAAAUCGAUUCCUUUACUUAUUACGUCAUUCAUAGGGAAGCGGAAAGAAGAAAACUACAAAGAAGUUCGCUUCUGUAUGAUGGAUUUAAUCCGAGAUUCAUUUCUUGACGUAAAAAUUCCAUCUACAUCGAUUUCCAACAUUUCCUGGGAGAUCCCACCAUCUCUCAAUGACUGUCCGAAGAUAAUUAACCACAUAAAGUCAAUGGCCGGCGUUUUUUACGAAAAAGAUAUUCCGAAUUUCUUCAAAAGUGUCACGGAAUCAUUCCAAUAUGGUAAAUCCACGAUCCUUGUUAAACUCCAUGAAGAUUUCUGUAUCAGGGAUUUCUUAGUUACUGUCCAAUAUUCAGUUGCUGUUUUAACAAUUGUUUUCAUUUCAUUUGAAGAAGAAAACAGUUUGUCAUUGAUUAGUUCUAUGACUAAAACAGCAUUAGACCCAAUCAAUCCAACAGGACACAUAUUCCCGUGGAUCUACAAUUACGGAGAUUCCGGUGAUUGUAUCUAUCAAAGUAAACCAGGUGGUUUGAAACCAUCUCGUUUCAGUGAUACAAGUUUUGUUCACGUUGUUUGUCGUGAUCACAAGAUUUUGCUUCGUAAUCAGUUGGAUUCCGGUAAUUGCGACUGCAUCAUUAUAUUGUCAUACGACCAUCCCGCAUGGUAUUACGUGAAAGGACGUCGUGUUGGCGAUGAAAUGCACGGAAUGUGUUUCAUGAUUCCUUCUGAGUACUUGUUUUACGGGAAUUCAAAAGAUCCAAUCAAAGGAAUCGUUAACACUCUGAAGAAACUUCACGAACGAAUUGACUUCGAUUUCCUCUCUGUCAAAGAAGAGAUUCAAUCAAUUCUCGUCAACUAUUACAUAGAAUAA